GGGGCGGGGCGGGCCGCAAUAAAGCGUUGGACGUUUAUUUGCGCGUUUCCCGUCGCGCCGGCGCAGCCCGCGGUACCGACAUGGCGUCGGACGUGGCGCGGCUGCUGGACGCGGCGGAGUUCGCGGCCUGGAAGCACCGGGAGCAGCGGCGGAAGGACCCGGCGGGGACCCCGUACAUCAACCACCCCAUCGGCGUGGCGCGGAUCCUGGCGCACGAGGCGGGAGUCACCGACAUCGUGGUGCUGCAGGCCGCGCUGCUGCACGACACGGUUGAGGACACGGACACGACGCUGCCCGAGAUCGAGCGGCGCUUCGGGCCCGACGUGCGUCACGUGGUGCAGGAGCUGACGGACGACAAAGCGCUGCCCAAAGCGGAGCGGAAACGGCGGCAGGUGGAAAUGGCGGCGGGGAGCAGCGAGCGGGCAAAGCUGGUGAAACUGGCCGAUAAACUGCACAACAUCCGGGACAUCCGGCGGCACGUGCCACAAGGGUGGUCCGAGGAGCGCGUGCAGGAGUACUUCCGGUGGACGGCGGAAGUGCUGGAAGGGCUGCGCGGGACGAGCCCGGCCAUGGAAACGGCGCUACAGGAACUGCUGGAGGAGCGAGGGGUGGGAACGGGAACGGGGCGAUGAACGAACGGGGCAAUAAACGAACGGGGCGAUGAACGAACGGGGCGAUGAACGAACGGGGCGAUGAACGAACGGGGCAAUAAACGCUUUGAACGGGG